UUGAAUAGGUACAUAUUGUAUAUAUACACGUAUGUUUGAUCAUAAACUACUUCCAUAAAUGCUUGUAUAUUAGGUACAAUUGUGGUUUCAUCUCAAACAUUCUUAUACCUAUGUACCUAAAAUUUAUUUGUACUUCUUAUAGUACAAAUUGAACAAAGUUUAUAGCUAGGGAUAUCUAUCUUGUUGCGUAUAAUCUGGUUGUACAUGAAUAAUGUCUAGAUAAGUUAAUAAACUAGGAUAAUCCAAUUUCCUACAUCUAGAUAUAUGGUAGAAAAGAUUGUAUUUUUUUUUUUUAUUAUUAUUAUGUGUCUAAUCAAUGACUAGUACAAAUGGAUUUGUCUUGAAAUGAAGACUGGCUUGAAGCCCAAGAAGGGUCUGAAGAAGCUUUGAAAUAGGUAGUCACCCCAUAGUUAGCGGAAUCAGAGUUUUAAAAACAAUGAAAAAUCCUUUGUUAUCCCCAAGAAUCUUGUCCACAGCUUUGAUAAAUACCCUUAUUUUGAAACACCAUAUUCUUUUUUGUGUAUGGAUCUAGACUACCCACCGUCCAAAAGCCAACAAAAAAGAAAAAGAGAAACUCCAUAGCCAUUUUUUUAAUAGGGUGAGAUUUGUAUGUGAGUGAAGAAGCGUGUGGGAAUGGCUGCUCAGAUCAGUAGCAAGCUCUACUUGAAAGCUUUUGUCCUAUUCAUGUGGCUUAUUGUCUCCACACUUGGUCAGAGCCAACUAAGAUGCGAGUCUAGUAGUAACAACAACAACACUUCAUCUCGAGAUGUCUUUGGCUUCAAGUGCAGUACUACUAGUACUAGUAAAAAUGGAUCACUGAACAGAUGCGAGACAUUUGCCAUUCUUAGAACCAAUACUCACUUCUCUUCUCUUUCAAAUUUAAGCUUUUAUUUGGGUCUUAAUCGGUUUGUGGUUGCUCAAGCUAAUGGCAUUUCUCCAGAGACUGAGUUCCUCCCCAAAGACCAGCCUUUGUUGAUACCAAUCAAUUGUCAAUGCAACCUUGGAUUGUUUCAAGCUCAGCUGGCCAAAACUACUGUCGAAGGGGAAAGCUUUACUGAGACUGUUGAAUCUUUAGAGGGCUUGACAACCUGCAAAGCCAUCAAAGAUAAGAACCCAGGUGUCUCAUCUUGGGAUCUAGGUGUUAAAGUUUUCAGCUUACUGAUUCCACUGCCUUGUGCUUGUCCUUCAUCUGGACUUAGUCCAAUACCAACUCUUUAUCUUACUUAUCCAGUUACUCAAGGCGAUACAGUUUCUAACUUAGCCAUUAAGUUCAAUACCACUAAAGAAGCUAUCAUCUCUGCAAAUAACAGAUCAUUUGGAGCAAUUAAAGAAAGCUUAACACCCUUUACACCUCUCAUUGUCCCAGUUACUACUAGUAAGCCUGUUCUUGGUUCACUUGUUAAACCCCGCCAACCCAAUUUGCGCUUUCCGGCUUCUAGUAUCCCAGUCAUUGGUCCACACAAGAAGAAAUCGAAGAUGAGGAAGGUUGGACUAUAUAUUGCACUUACUGCUAUCUUUGUAGGUGUUAGCAUAGCAGUUGCAGCCGCUUUCUUAAUAUUCCAAAUGAAGAAGAAGCAGAGUUUAUCGUGCAAAGGAUCAGGUGAUGUGGAGCUUCAACAGCUAAGUUUAAGUGUAAGAACCAUAAGUGACAAUAAAGUUUCUUUUGAAGGAUCUAAUCAGGAUACUCUUGAUGGCCAGACCGUUAACAGCACAACACCCCGGAAGGCGCUGGUUGAGACUUACACGGUUGAGGAGAUGAAGAAAGCAACAGAAGAUUUCAGUUCAAGCAACCAUAUUGAGGGUGCUGUCUACCAUGGCCGUCUCAGUGGGAAGAACUUGGCUGUAAAGCGCAUAAGACAAGAACUCAUCUCCAAAAUUGAGUUUGGUUUCUUCAACGAAGCAAUUCACCACCAUCCCAACAUAAUAAGGUUGUUAGGGACAUGUUUGACAGAAGAUGGUCCCGAUUCAUUUCUGGUUUUUGAGUAUGCUAAAAAUGGUUCUUUGAAAGAUUGGCUUCAUGGUGGAUUAGCUAUGAAAAACCAGUUCAUUGCUUCUUGCUAUUGUUUCUUGACAUGGAGCCAAAGGUUAAAGAUUUGUCUAGAUGUGGCCGUGGCUUUACAGUAUAUGCACCACGUAAUGGUGCCGUUAUAUGUCCACAGAAACAUCAAAAGCCGAAACAUUUUCUUAGAUGAAGAAUUCAAUGCCAAAGUUGGGAACUUCGGCAUGGCCAAGUGUGCAGAAGACAACACAUCAGACCCUCAAAUCUGUUCAUCAAAUCCUGCAACUUGGAAUCUUGGCUAUUUGGCUCCUGAGUACAUUCACCAAGAAGUAGUCUCUCCAAGCAUGGAUAUAUUUGCUUAUGGAGUGGUUUUGCUUGAGAUUUUAUCUGGUAAAACGCCCAUUUCUAGGCCUAAUGAGAAGGGAGGAAGUAGUGUUUUACUUUCUGAGAAAAUUAAGUCCAUAUUGGAGUCAGAAGAUGCAGAUGAGCUAAGGGACUGGAUGGACAGUGCAUUAGGCGAAAACUACUCGUUCGAUGCAGCCGUUACAUUGGCCAAUUUGGCUAGAGCUUGCAUAGAGGAAGAUUAUGCUUUGAGACCAACAGCUGAAGAAGUUGUUGAGAAAUUGUCAAGACUAGUUGAAGAGGCACCAGAAGGAGAGUGUAGUUUGAUCAGUGAGAGCUCUUCAAAACCUCUGGUCAAAGCUGCUGCAGACAAUAUGUGAAUAAAACUCUUUUUCAAAAUCCAAACAAGUACAUGUUAUGAAUGGUCAUUUUCAAUGCCUUUGGCUUGUUGCUAGUAACUAGUAAUUUUCAUGUAUUGUACAUAUGUAGUUAAGAAUAUGAGUUGCAUAUAUAAGAAGAAGGUUUCCAUUAUGUGUA